UCCUAAUACAACUCGUAUAAACACAAUUCUUAAUCGUUCUAUAAAUAUCACGUCAACUCUUUUCUCUCUCUAAAAUUUUUUGUUCCUUCAAAAUCCAGAAAUCUAAACUGUCUUCGCAACACAAAUUCAAUACUAGGAAAUCAUGAGUUACUACAAUCAGAAUCAACCCCCUGUUGGAGUUCCUCCUCCUCAAGGUUAUCCACCGGAAGGAUACCCGAAGGAUGCCUAUCCGCCGGCGGGCUACCCGCCGCAGCAAGGUUACCCACAACAAGGCUAUCCGCCCCAGGGCUAUCCUCCACAAUACGCACCACAAUACGGUGCUCCGCCGCCUCAAAAGCAAUCUAACAGUAGUGCCGGAUUAAUGGAAGGCUGUUUGGCUGCAUUGUGCUGCUGUUGUCUUCUGGAUGCAUGCUUUUAACGAGGAAGGACAUCUGAAGAGGGGAUUUGAUUUAAUUAAACGAGAGACAAAAUGUUAUUGGUUGCCCUUAUCAAUUUCAUGAAUGUAAAUUGUCUUAAUUCUUAUCUGCCUCUGUUUUUCAUUGCCCUUUUAAAUAAUUUGGACCAUGACUUGGAUUUGUGCUUUUGAUUUCUCCAAUACAUACAUGUUUUACAUUUGCAAUA